AUGGGCGACCCAGCCGAAGCUGAGGCUUGGGUACGCGCAUUGGAGCGCAUCUUCACUUUUCUUCGCUGCACGGAAGAGGAGCGACUCUCGUGCGUGUCGUUCCAGCUAACGGGAGCGGCUAACUUUUGGUGGGAAGCCCGCCGAAAGACACUGACUCCCGAGCAAUGGGCAGCCUACACAUGGGAAAACUUUAAGACUGGGUUAUACGAUAAGUAUAUUCCCAAAAGCUAUAGGAAGAAGAAAGAGGCUGAGUUCUACAACCUGAGACAAGGGAAGAGGACAGUGACGGAAUACGACAGGGAAUUUUGCGAUCUAUCACGUUAUGCUGCACAGCAGUGGAAAGGUUGGCUCCGCCACACUUCAGCGCCAACCAACCUACCUGUACGUCCUCAGAACUUUAAAGGGAAGCGCAACUGGAACAACCAAGGAGGGAGUGAGAACCCGACUAACAAGAAGCCAUGGCAAGGAGGUGCGCCGUCCUCGCAAGGAGGUGCGCCGUCAUGGCAAGGGAGUGCGCCGUUUGGACAGUUUCAGCCACAAGGACAAGGGAAGCAACAGGGUUCUGCCCCAACCGGGGGCAACCAAAGACAGAAUGAAGUUCCUUUCUGUCCGAAAUGCAACAAACCACAUCAUGGUGUUUGUAGGGCUGGAACUGACGGUUGCUACAUGUGUGGCCAGAAGGGUCACUACUCCUCUCAGUGCCCCAAUAGACAGCAGGGCGCUGCAAUUAGGGCCAGUUAUGCCCAACCCCUCCAAGCAGUUCCAGGGCAACAACAGCCCCGCCAACAACAGCCACACCAGCACCAACAGCGCCAGCAGCAACAGAAACAACUGCAACAACUGCCGCAGCAGGCAAGAGCCUUUGCUAUCACCCAAAACUAG